CAGAUGACUGAUGACAAUUCUACAUGGUUCGGAAACCUGUUAGGUAAACCCUGGCUGUGGAUCAAGGAAACAGCAAUUCUGUUGUUGUUUUUCCUACUGGUGUUCUAUCUAUGUGUCCACAGUAUCAAGUGUUUAAUUCAACAACUAACCCAUGCCCAUCACAGGGAAAUUACAGUUCCAACCAGAAAAGAUUAUUACCUGUAAGAACUACACGAACCUUAGCUGCAUGUUUGUUUCUGUGUCAACAUGUCGUUCUUCAGUAAAGACAGUCAACACAGAGCAAGUGCUAUGUGCCUGUAACGAUCACAGGUUACAAGAAUGAACUUUUAAGUGUCUAAAUUUGUAUUUUGUGAGAGUUAAUAGAACUCUCAAAGGGGGAAUUGUGGAAUUACAAAUUCAUAAAAUGUUAAAUCUAGGUUCCAGUGUAAUAGUAUAUAAACUGAAAAAGUUAUUUACAUUGUGUUUUACAUUUAGAGGUAAAAAAGGAUCAAAUCAGGAAGCCCAGGUGUCUGAGAUAAUGACCUUUUGUCUUUGUGCUCUUCCUUGCCAUUUGGCUUUUUAAGACUGAUUGGAUUAGCACCUAUGCAUUUGAAAGACACUGUUAUGCUGAUUAGAUCAAGGCUGGGAAAAUCCCAGUGUCGGGCUGAUUCCUGUACUGCAUUUGCAUGCUUUGUUUAGAUUGUCUCCACCUCUAUGUAUCCCUCCUCCUAGAAAUGUAUAUAAACUGCAAAUGUAUCAAUGAUUAGUUAGACUUUUGAUGACUACAGUGCCACACAGCACGUUCUGUUCAAAUCAGUGUCCUGGAACUGCUGUAUAAUAUUUACUUAUUGCAGAUUUGAGUUUAUGAGUUUGUGUAUGUAGCUUUCAUUUACCAGAGUAACAAAUGCCAAACUGUGAUUGCACACAUCACUAUGAGCCCUAAAGUUUUGUUGUCCGUCUGAAUGAAUGGAGGCAUUAAAUACAAGGACAACACUCUUUUAUAAUAGAUGAGCAGCUACAGUGUGUGUCUAAAGAAAAAGAUAUGAAUGAGUAUAUUCUAGGCAAGAACAACAUCACUGCCAUUGUUUAAAAAAAGUUCAUGAUGGUGACAAUUCAAAACUGGGCGUGUUAUAACAGGAAGUUUUACCACUGAGGAAAGAGUGUAGAUCGAAACAGAAAGUUAAAGAAGGCAGGUUUAAAUAGGCUACCGAUGAGACUUUCGGUCUAUAGACCAAGCAGAGAAGGUAGAAGACUAAAUCUGACAGCAUCUGAACUCACUAAAACUUCUCGGACAGAAAUGUCUGCCGACACUGAAAUAGAGAAACAGAUCUGUGACUUCUUGAGGCGAAACGGCAAAAGCACCGCGUUGAAAAUUGCGAAAGAAAUCAGACUAGAUAAACGCAUCGUGAACAAACAUUUGUACAUCCUACAGAAAUCAAAUCAAAUGUCAGUAACUAACGAGACACCUCCAGUUUGGGAUCUUCUGGAGAAGACGAGGGAGAUCAAACAGACACUCAAAGCAGAGCAAAAGCCUCAGACGACAAGAGACACAAGUGAGGAGAAACGUGUGGAGGAUCUGCUGAUGAAAUCAGGAGGUUUGAAAGCCUGUCACAUCGCCAGAGACCUGGGCCAGUCGAGACAAACCACCAACAAACAUCUGUACAGUAUGAUGGAGAAGAGAAGAGUACAGAAAUGUAGCGUAAGCAACUUGUGGAGUCUGAAUGAGGAGUGGAGCGAGGAAAGUUUCAGCCAAGAGAGUUCCAGUGAUCAUGCACUCGACUCAGGAUUGUCUCAUAGCUUUGAUGUGAUUGCAAAGCUUGGCCAGGGUGGCUUUGGCAGCGUUUAUAAAGUAACACAUAAAUAUGAUGAGAAGAUCUAUGCUGUAAAGAGGGUGAUCUUAACCAGCAGGACAUAUUUAUUUAUUCAGAUGGAGUUCUGUGAGGGAGGAACACUGACUGAUUGGAUACAGGCGAGAAAUCAGAUGGAAAAACAGAGAACUACAGCGGAAAUCCAUAAAAUAUUUGAUGAAAUUAUCACUGGAGUGGAAUACAUCCAUGCAAAAAAGCUCAUCCACAGAGACUUGAAGCCUGAUAACAUACUUUUUGGUGCUGACGGCAAAGUGAAGAUCGGAGACUUUGGGCUGGUGGCGGCUCAGACCGAUCAAAAGGGUGAACCUUUAGAGAGGUCAAACAUAGGAACAAGAUCUUAUAUGAGUCCUGAACAGAAAAAUAAGAAGAAUUAUGAUGAAAAAACAGACAUAUUUCCCCUUGGACUCGUAUGGUUUGAAAUGAUCUGGGAAAUAUAUACUGCUAGCGAGAGAGAGAAGCUGUGGCCAGAUCUGAGAAAUCAAAGGUUUCCAGAAGGGUUUCGUGAUGUUUAUUCAACUGAGUGUACAUUCAUCAAGAAGAUGCUGUCAUAUUCACCAGAGCACAGGCCACAUGCAAAAGACAUGAAAGAAAAUCUUUCAAAGUUUUUCUCUCUGGGUCAGAAACCGCCAAGAUCAAUCUCAGACCAAUAAUGUGAAAUAACUUUCAGAUUUCUACUAUAUUUCUUCUAAUAUAUUUUAAAUAUUUCAAAUAUAUUUAAUAUAAUAUAUUUCAAAAGUUUCAAAAGUUCAGUCUAUUUUUUUUCAUCAUAAAAAAAACAUAAUGUUCC